CCGGCCACUAGUUAAGUCUUGAACUGAGUGCUCAUUCCCUGGGGUGGGGAUGCCUUCACCUUCUCUCUCUACUCGUAAUAGUAUCAAUUAUCUCCAUUUCUUUCCAUUUCUCUCGCUAUUUCUUUCCCUGCGACUCCUUUGAAUAUCCUUAGCCAAAGACUUACCAUAAACAUGUCUAAUCCGAACCUAGAUUCACAUCACCCGCAGCAAGAUCCUAAUAGCAACGCCGACCCUCAGGUUCCGCUUCGGAACCUAUCCCUGGUUCGGACCAGAAUCGAUUCUCUACGAACAUUUCUCUCCCAAUCCAUCAACACCAACACUCCCUUCACCAACGAUCAAAUAACCGUCGUCUCCAACCAGAUCGCCUCCGCCAUCAACCACACCAUAGUCAACGCCGCCGCACUUGUCUCUUACUCUCAAAAUCUCACUGUCCCCGCAGUCUCCGUCCUCCCACCGACCAAUCUCAGCCUCCGACCAGAACCACAUAUGCACGAUUCGAAAAUCGAACCACCUGACAACAACUAUGUCACAGUGGAUGACUCUGAUUCCGACUGCGAAAUCGUGGAGCUCGACGCUGUGGAAUUGCUCGCGCAACACCUCCAUUUCUGCGAGAUUUGCGGGAAAGGUUUCAAGCGCGACGCGAAUCUCCGGAUGCACAUGCGAGCGCACGGGAACAAGUUCAAGACGCCGGAAGCGUUGGCGAAGCCUUUAGACGGCAGCGCACGCCGCGGUUCGACGCGGUUCUCGUGUCCGUUCGAAGGAUGUAACAGAAACAAGAAACAUACGAAGUUCAAGGCGUUGAAAUCGGUGAUAUGUGUUAAGAAUCAUUUCAAGAGGAGUCAUUGUCCGAAGAUGUAUUCGUGUGAUCGGUGUCAUAAGAAGAAGUAUUCGGUGCUUUCGGAUUUGAAGAGCCAUAUGAGACAGUGUGGGGAGUGUAAGUGGAAGUGCUCAUGUGGGACCACCUUUUCUAGGAAGGAUAAAUUGUUUGGACAUAUUGGUCUGUUUGAGGGUCACAUGCCUGCUGUUGUUUUGGAAGAUGAGGAGAAAGGGAAACAAGUUAUGGUGCAGGAGAGUGAAGGGGAUUUGGAUUUGGAUAUGGAUGAAGAGUUCUUUGAUGGUUUUGGAUCUAUUGAUAACUAUUGUUUGAGGGAAGUUUUGGGAUUUUCUGAUAGCUAGCUAGUUUCACAGAAUGGUUUCUGGUGGGUUUUGUUACAUUGGAUUCAGACAUUACCCAAUUUGGGUAUUUUUCUAUUCUAGUAGGAUAUUUGUAUUAUUUGUAUUUAUGUCUUAGUUAGCUUUUGGUUCUACCAUGGCCAAAAUUGAUUUUGAUCGAGCAUGUCUUUAUGUUAGCGUUGGAUUUGUCGAUCACAGUGAGUCCCAUCACUUUGCCAAUUAUAGUUUGGGCAUGAUCACACUGAAUAAGGGAUGUGAUGAGACGCAAUAGAAGUAUUUUAGACUCUUGUUCAAUAGGGGUCCAUCUUGUAAAUUGAUUAGUAAUUUUAGUAAAAAGUGAGUUUAAAGGA